UCUGGUUGCGUUGCCAAUGGCAGCUCCACUUGUCGGAUCUUGCCCAUGUAGCAGCAGCGUGCCCAUGGACCUCGCCGCCGGAGCCGCCUCCCAUCGCUCGCCGGACUCCCACGUGGCUCCGCCCCCGCACCCGCCAGAGAUGGAUUCAUGUGAGGAUGCAGGAGAGAUGAGGAUCAGUGAAGAAAAGCCAUGCGCAGAUCAGGAGUUAGACACAGAACAGACGAAUAGUUCUAGUCUUAAUAGUUCCAGUGAGUGUGAGAACCAAACACCUAGCAAUGAUGAAAUGGCUGGAUCGGAGUCCAAAUCGGAGGCAGCCAAGACGGAGGGUGACGGAUCGAGUGGAGAGAAGGUCCUGAAGAAACCAGACAAGAUUCUGCCCUGUCCUCGUUGCAACAGCAUGGAUACAAAGUUCUGUUACUACAACAACUACAACAUUAACCAGCCAAGACAUUUUUGCAAGAGUUGUCAGAGAUAUUGGACGGCAGGUGGAAGCAUGAGGAACAUCCCUGUCGGUGCCGGUAGGCGCAAGAGUAAGAGCUCCACUGCAAACUGCCGCAGUAUAUUGAUUCCAGGCAGCAGCCUGGCUGCUCCUGCUGGUGAUGCUUCCGUCUAUCAAGUGUCUAUAAAUGGAAAUCAAAAGGCAACAUCAGUUAAAUUUGGACCUGAUUCCCCUCUCUGCAACUCCAUGACAUCUGUGCUGAAAAUUGGAGAGCAGGGCAAGAAUGCCAAGCCGACCUCAACAGAAGAACCCGAAACCCAGACCUGCAAGGCUCCAGCAACAACUUCAGAUAGUCCCCGGAAUGAAACGGUUAGUGGGCAUCAAAAUGGACUUGUUGGGCACAGUGGAGUCACUCCCAUGCAUCCCAUACCAUGCUUCCCUGGCCCUCCUUUUGUGUACCCAUGGACUCCAGGAUGGAAUGGUAUUCCUGCCAUGGCAGCACCGGUGUGCCCAGCACCAACUGACCCAGCAAAUUCUUCAGACGGUGGAAGCACAGGUAAUGUUCAAUGGAGCAUGCCGCCGGUGAUGCCGGUCCCAGGAUACUGCGGUCCGCCGAUCCCUUUUCCUGUAAUGCCAUCUUCUGUUUGGCCAUUCUUUUCUCCCUGGCCUAAUGGUGCAUGGAGCUCGCCAUGGCUUGGACCCAGUUGCAGCGUGCCGGCAUCGUCUCCCACAAGCACUAGUACAGCAUGUUCAGACAACAACGGCUCUCCUGUCCUAGGAAAGCACUCCAGGGAUUCCAAACCACAAGGAGAUGACAAGGUAGAGAAGAACUUGUGGAUUCCGAAGACGCUUCGGAUCGAUGAUCCCGAUGAAGCUGCAAAGAGCUCAAUUUGGACAACUCUUGGCAUUGAGCCUGGCGACCGUGGCAUGUUCAGACCAUUCCAGUCGAAAGCCGGAACCAGAGAGCAGAUAUCAGGUGCUGCUCGAGUCCUGCAAGCGAAUCCAGCAGCUCUAUCUCGAUCGCAUUCUUUCCAGGAGACAACGUGAUAUGGAGAUUGUUCGUCAAACAUGUUAUUGUUACUACUAUUUAAGGAGGUGCUACAGCCUGGAUGACGAUGAUUGGCGAUGUAGGCGCUGCUGCUGCUAACAUGCAGGCAGCGCGACUGUACUAUUGAAACCUGAUGAAGAGUACUGUUCUUGACAUUUUCUGUAAUCUGCCUGUAGAGCAUGCACCAGUCUACUGGGUUCAUGAUCAGGCUGUCAGCAUGGUGUUUUGUUGUACAACAACAAUGAUAAUAAUAACAAUAAUUGUUAAUAGCUUUGCCUAAAGGAUGCCGCUAUGCUUCUGAUCCAUUGGCU